CAAUCAUGUGAGCCUCGGACCGCAGGCCUCGGCUGUAAAUGCGGGGAUGGGAUCGUGAGCUGCUGUUGUAUUUAUUAAAUAAACGCCCUCGCAUUUUCAGAGAUCAAUCCAGUCAGAAUCGCCGAGAGAAUCGAAAAUGUCAGGCAUCUCAACCGUCCCCUUCGCGGAGCCGCCGUACCUGCGCGGCCUCCCGUCGCCAUACUACACCGAAAGCCACCGCCGCUUCCAAAAGGCUGCCCGCGAGUUCCUGUACGAGAACCUGAUCAAGCAUGCCAUGGAGUGGGAGAAGGAGGGCACCGUCCCCGAGCAUGUCUUCAAGGACUUCUGCAAGGCCAACAUGUUGCUGCCGAAUCUGACGGCGCCGCUGCCCGUCGAUUGGCUCAAGAGGCUGGGGAUCCAUGAUAUCCUGGGCGUGAAGGUGGAGGAGUGGGAUUACCUGCACACGGGGAUUUACACCGAUGAGCUUGCUCGCUCUGGUCUCAGCGGUCCCGGUGGUUCGUUGAACGCUGGUUUCGCCUUCGGUAUCCCCCCGAUCAUCAAGUACGGCAGCAAGGAGCUGCAGGAGAAAUUCCUGCCUGAUCUCUUGACCGGGCGCAAGCGAACCUGUAUUGCCAUUACCGAGCCCGAUGCUGGAUCCGACGUUGCGAACAUCACCACGACCGCGACCAAGUCCGAGGACGGCAAGUACUACAUCAUCAACGGAAACAAGAAAUGGAUCACCAACGGCAUCUGGUCCGAGUACAGCACCAUGGCCGUGCGCACGGGCGGCCCCGGCGCAGCUGGGCUCUCGCUUAUCGUCGUCCCAUUAAAGGGCUACCCCGGCGUCUCCAUGCAGCGCCUCAAGGUCUCCGGUCAAGUCUCGGGAGGAACAACAUACAUCGAGCUCGACGACGUCAAAGUCCCCGUGGAGAACCUGAUCGGGCGCGAAGGCGAGGGCAUGAAGUUCGUCAUGAACAACUUCAACCACGAGCGUCUGACCAUCUCCGUCGGAGUGACGCGGCAGGCGCGCGUGGCGCUCUCAACUGCAUUCGCCUACUGCAUGAAGCGUGAGGCGUUCGGCAAGACACUUAUGGACCAGCCUGUUGUGCGACACCGGUUGGCGAAGGCUGGUGGUGAGCUUGAGACGAUGUGGGCGUUUGUUGAGCAGCUGCUUUACCAGCUUGCGAAUAUGCCCAAGGACGAAGCUGAUCGUCAGCUCGGUGGAGUUACGGCGCUAGCGAAGGCGAAGUCUGCUAUGGUUCUGAAUGAGUGUGCGCAGUGUGCGGUGCUGCUGUUUGGUGGCGCUGGGUUCACGAAGCAGGGCCAGGGAGAGUUGGCCGAGGCUAUCCUGCGAGAUGUGCCUGGAGCUAGGAUCCCUGGUGGCUCGGAGGAUGUGCUGUUGGACUUGUCGGUCAGACAGCUGGUCAAGCUGUACAAGGCUGAAGAGGCCAAGCUGGGCAAGUCGAAGAUCUAAAUAAGCAUAUGUACUUUACCAUUAGACAACUGUUCAAAUUCCUUUCCUAGCUCCUACAUACCAAACAAUCUCGAUUAUUUCCUAGAUUACUGUUGACUGCCACGCUAUCAGUCUUGUAGCUGUCUUGUACUCUGGGCUGAUAACGGGGUUGCAUUUCAUGAGGGUAUGGGUCGUGGUGGAAUAUAUUAAGGCUCAACUUUCAAAAUACUAAGACUUCACAAUCUUAUAUUUAAAUGGAUUACAGGCAAUUCCGCCCUUUUGCCUCUCGUCCAGCCUUCGAACUGCUGGCCAUCUCCAGAAACUCGGCUG